GUGUGAACAGCUGACUGUCAGCUGAUGUAGAGAACAACUACGAGACAUACAGUCAGCUGUUUGUCCUCACUAUCUAUCUUCAAACUAUUCAUCUGCACAAGCAAAACAAUCGAGCAGCACUAUUAUAGAGCAUAUUGUAUCACCACAUCACAAUGGUAGGAGAGUUUGGUCGCAUAGCGCUGGAGUUUCUUCGGAGAGGAACCAGCACCAGGAUCUACGAGGGAGCAGCCAGGAAGCUGUGUGUUCCUGUGGAAAUGGUAAAGCAUGGAGUGGAAGGCCUGAUGUUUCUGAUGACGGAGAGCUCCAAACAUAUGAUCUCUGAAGUGGAUUUCCUGGACUCUGUGUUGGUUUUGGGGUUUGGUGAGGAGCUGAACCAGUUGCUUGUACAGCUCUACCUGCAGCACCGCAGCCAGAUCCGCAGCGUCCUGAGUCAGCUACCCACCAAUGUGCCGGCAUAUCACAACCUGGAAUGGAGACUGGAUGUACAGUUGGCGAGUCGUUCAGUCCAUCACCAGGUUGUUCCCAAACUGACGAUGCGUCUGCUCCUAACAAGAGGCUGUGACAACAGCAGCAGAGUUCUCCAGACAGACCCGAGCACCCUCCUGCACCUCAUCGCCACACUGGAGAUCGCUUUGGCUGCCAUGAAAACCAGUCAUGCUCGUCGCAUAUUACGCAACAUCAAAUAACCCAAAGGCAUUACAGUGUCCCUUUGCAACACAUCACAUUGUGCCACAAUGCCUUUAUACCUGAGCAGAAUAAUGAGCAGUGCAGUGUUUUAUUUCAUUUGCUUUUUGUCCUAGAUGUUAAACUAGGUUUUUGCCAAUCUGACUGCCAAAUGUUCAUCACUUUUAUAACCCUUAAAUUAUGAUUCCGACCAAAUUGUAUUGAUGAUUGUAUAUACAUAUUCUACAGUGCUACUGAUAUAAAAGUGUUUGGCAUAGACGAAACAGCAUUCAUGUGGUUUGUAGUAAAUAGGCAGGAAGACAGAGUGCGCACUCACACUAGGCAAAGUUUACCCGUACUGUGCUUAAGCAUGAUUGUCCUCCCCAUCCCCCCUCUGGCCUGCACUCACACUGCUCCAGGACUAACCGGGCCUGAGCACGGUUACCUCUUGAACAUAACGUCGUAAUAAAACACAUGCACAACGUUACGUGAUCAUGAAGCGUGCUCAGUUUAAAAGACAGGCGGACUCUAAAAUAAAAAUGAUAAAAUAAAAGGGACGUGCUGUCGAGUCUGCGUCCACACAUCGAAGAACAACACAGAGAAGAUGAGAGCUACUUUACUGACUCUGGCUUAUACUGAGUCAUGUUAGUCAGAUACAGAACACUGUGAUUUCUCCAUAAUGAAGACUGACCACGUUUACCAGCCUGCUUGUGCGUGAAGUGUACCGUUUCGAAGCAGACCUCUUCCAAGCAUGCCAGGGCCGAGACUGAAGCACUCACACUGGUCAAUGAAGUGACGAUUUUAGGGGUGAAGCGUGAUUAGACACAGUACAGAUUGACUAUUGUGAGUGCGCCCCUAAACCCUGCUGUGCCUGAGCAGUCAGAGAUGUUGGGUGGUGCGGUGCGGAUUGCUUUGUGUGAGUUCUCCCUGAAAGCAGUAAAGUAUAUAACAAAAUAUAUAUUUGUAUGCAGUGUGCACCACAGUUUGAUACAACUGACAAGGGUAUCGGGCAAUUUGGAAAACAGACAGUCAAUGCCUUUUUCAUGAGCAUGUUAAUGUUAAACAGCAACACAUCAGAUGGAUACUGGAGGGUUGUUGCUCAUUUUCAGGGACCUACAGUACACACAGAGGUCAAUCUUACAUAAUGAGUGAUGGGAAGUCAUCCCUGUAUUUGAGAGGUCAAGAAGCAACUAAACAACAACUUGGUUUUCAUUAAAUGCAAUAGACCAGAUAGCAAUAAAAUCACAUAGUUUAGAUGAAUAGGAAUACGUUAAUGGAAAGUAUACUUCAUCAUGCAGUAUAGUUUGUUAGAACUUUCAGAGCUAGUUGUUAUUGGGGUUGAAUUUUUAACUAUUGGCAUUUUUUUUUUUAAAUUACACAAAACCAUCCAGCCAGCGUAUAUGUUAAACUUGACCUCAUGAAUCUUUGCAAGAUCCAGGUUUAUUAUAUCUUAGCCAAUAAUAGCUGUGGAAAUCCAACAACUACAACCAGGAUAGUAGAAGAGCCUAUUGCUGUAUGUUUAAUAUUGGUAGUUUAAAAACUUCCCAAAUGACAUAACACAGAAGAAAUAAGAGCAACAAUAACAUCCUACACUCCUUGUAAUGGUUAGCCUCCUCUGUAUCUUGUAAUGUUUAUGAACUUUUUUGCCAGCAUUGUCUUGUUUUGUUACUUAGCCAAAAUAAGCUGUACGUUUUCUGUAUUUGACACUUUCUGCUUCACCUUUUUUUUUAACUUACUUUUUUAAAGGGGACAUAUAAUGAAAAAUCCACUUGUACAUUGUUUCUGAACAUAUAUUUGGGUAACCUGAGUGUCUACUGACCCACAACAUGUGAAAUAAAUCCAUCCAGUCCUUUGUUUGUGAGAGCUGGUUUAUACAGGGUCACAAACCUCCUCUGGUGCUUGAUUCAUGUUAUAUUUUGACCAAAGCACAGCACAGAUGUUUCAUUUAGACCACAGGGGACUGUUUGAAAAGGUGGAGAAGGAGGAUGAUAUGUCCUUUUUAGACAUCCAAACAAAUUGCUCUUGGUAUUACCUUAAUGACAUUUAAGUUUUAAAUACAAGCAAGAAUAAAGAAUGCACCAAAACCA